AUGACCACAAAGCUGGUGGAGAUUGUGGACCCGGAUGCGGGCUCCGUUGGAGCUACCGUUUCCUCUGCUGCUUCUGGAGGCGCUGGGUUCGUGCAGGGGAUUGUGACGUACACUGUCAUGGACGACUUGAAGGUGGCGCCCAUGUCGUCCAUCUCUGGGAUCAGCCUCCUCAACACCUUUGGCGUCACAAACAUCAGCUCGCUCAAUGAGAGGACUGUGCAGCUGGGCUAUGCCGAGUGUCUGGAGAUACUGAAGGCGUCGCUGCAAUCACAGACUGUUCUUUCUGACGUGUUCCUUGGGAAGAAGCGGAAGGCCUGA